AUGACGGAUCACUGCCGAGAUUACUUCUAUCAUAGUUAUGGCAACGUUGAAGAUCGGGACAAAUUGCGCGACGUCAUCAGAGACAUACAGACGGCUGGGCGAUCGGUUCUGCAGGAUAAUGAUAACCUGCGAAAGGACGUUGAAGCUCGAGAAUCCACACUUCGGAGCGAAAUCGCCAAUCUGCGAAAAGACGUCAAAGCCCGAGAUAAGAAAAUUGAAUGUCAAGGCUACUGCACCUGCUCGAUGGAUGGGUCUCGAUGGAUCUUAGCCGAGCAAGAUUACCCCGAAGACGACUCGCGGGUUGUAUUCUUCAACGACCGCGAAUUCAAGGUUAGAUCUGCAGGAUCACUGAAAGGGGAUCGUGUGAUCGCGUCGAAGGUCCCAUCACGGUGGCCAGGCACUGUUUAUGUCUACACUGAGAGCGCUCUGUCAAUGCCUCAUGGCUCAGACUGCCGGAUCCGCGUGACAGGGAAGAAAGACGCGCCUGAGCCGCUCCGGUGGUCAAAGACUCUACAUCUGAACAAGCUGCCUCUGGAGACGAAGAUCCAAAUCCUUUCCGGUCGGAUUAAAUGGCUGUUCGUACUUCAGGUGGACUCUCGGAGAUCCACAGAGUCGGACGACUGCACGAAACCUAGCGUAUAG